GCUAAGAGGGAAUGCUGAUGCGGUUGAUAUGUGUCGUGUUACAAACCCUCCACAUCACCUUGGCCAACAGCACGCUCAAGUAAGAAGGCCAGGGGGUGAGGCAGCCCUCAUUUUCACUGGUUGCAUGAUAAUUAGUAGUAACGUUACUCGUUGACUUAGGCAUAGUCUUGGGCUCUCACCUGCCACUCAGCUGAGACCUCGGGCCAACGCCACCCCCACAUCUCCGGGACAUCCAUGAGUUUUGAUCGGUAUAUGCUCAUUUAAACAUGGAUUGGCCCCUGAGAGAAGCAGACUUUUGCGACGAGGAUCUUGACAAUGUCUUCCUCUACCAAACACGGCGGAGCAAGGCCGUAUACCGCUUUGCCGAUGACCAGGGACGUAACACGGUUCCUAUCUCCACUCUGUCCGCAAUACUGACUGACUCCCAGGAGAUGUCAGAGUGCUGGCUAGAAACAGAUCUCGAAGCAGCAAGAUGGCUUGAGGAGGUCAACAUUCGCCAAUGCAAUCCCGGAUUGGCCGUCAUGUAUUCUCGCGAACCGCGCCGAGCAGCCCAACAACCGCCACAACCCGGCCAUCCUCGAGUACCUGCCCUUCAGCCGGACGUCGUUUGAGAGGAUCGCGGCCAACCUCCCGCUGCACGGCGACACGGCUCGCAUCAUCAACCGCUCCGACAUGCCCUUCUUCACCGACAUCAACCUGCUCGACCGCCGGGAAAACGCCAUCUGUUGGUCCCCCUUACUCUCCCAGGCUACUACCUGAACUUUACAACCUCCCAUGUUAUCUCAAUUUUAAAGUUAGGUACACUAACAGCCACACAAAGUCUUCAUAACCCGCACCUCAGCCUCUUACCCCAACGACCUCGCCCUAUCAGCCGUCUUCUCCCCCUCCACGGGGUGCAC